UUACGAAUUGUUUUUCUUGUUCCAGGACACGAUGGGCUGCUUUGGGAGUAAAGACAAACUAUCAAAAGAAGAUAUGGACUUUCUAAAAUCACACACAAGAUAUGACGAGCCCACAAUCAAGGAGUGGUACAAAGGAUUUAAGCAAGACUGUCCAAACGGGAAGCUGACGCCGGCCAAGUUCGUGGACAUGUACAAAAUGUUCUUCCCCAGCGGGAACGCCGAGGAGUUCUGCGACCACGUCUUCCGAACGUUCGACAUGGACAAGAACGGAUACAUAGAUUUCAAGGAGUUUUUGCUCGCCAUCGACGUGACAUCGUCCGGGACUCCCGAGGAGAAGCUCAAGUGGGCGUUCCGAAUGUACGACGUGGACGGCAACGGCGUCAUCGACAUCCACGAAAUGACCAAGAUUGUACAGGCCAUCUACGACAUGCUCGGCGCGUGCUCCUCCAACCGGCCGGCGGACUCGGCCGAGGAGCGCGCCAAGAACAUCUUCGCCAAGAUGGACGAGAACAACGACCAGCAGCUCACGCAAGAGGAGUUCCUCAAGGGCUGCCUGCAGGACGAGGAGCUGUCUAAGAUGCUGGCGCCUUAAGGCACGCCUCGAAGCCCGCCGUCCGUGGGGCCAGCGCAGCCAGCGCCGUCAGGCGCUGGUCUGGCACGCCGAAGGACCAGCAGGACCAGCCUCUCUGCCUCGACCAAAGCGUCGCCAUGCUCGCCUCGCGGGUCGCCUCAAGGCCACGGUGGCACUACCCCGCGACUCCGCGCUGGUGCGGCGGCGCUACCCCACGUCAGGACGCAGCGCGCUGUAGCGUGGCGACGGGGCUGCAUGUGUAAUAUACGCUCGUGUGCGUGAGUGUGUGUGUGUGUGUGUGUGCGCGCGCUUAUGUGUGGAUGAGUGUACGAGAAUGUUUGUACAAAAAGAAACAUUCCACCUGAGAAAAUGCCAAAUGUUUCCUCCUUGUGCGACGGGGUGGGCGGCCCCUUCCCUCGUGUCUGUCUGUCUGCCGAAGCCGUGCCAGUGUGCCAGUGACUGUCACUGCGUCGGCACCCUUGGCUAGCAUCGGCCUUUUCAUUCAUUGCUCUCAGCGAGGCAGGGCUGCGCGCGGCAGGCAUGGCUUCUAGGCUUGGCGGACGGACGGAGGCCUGGAACCCUGCAGACUGAUUCCGAGAGGCUUUUUCGUCGCUCUAUGUCUGUACAGGACGCCCCGUGAGUGCGACAGAGACAGAGCGACGAAAACGCAUCUCGAUAUCCGUCUGCUGGCCGAGGCCUGGUGCGAGGCCUGGUGCUUGUCGGGCCCCGCCCAGCUAAGGUCAUAUGGCCUUACGCCCAGCCGGACUGUGUGACAUGUCCAAUAAGUGUCGUUCAUGAAUAAUCAUUUCUGGUUCUUAAGGUUUUAUCAUGUGGUGCCUUUCCUGGCUUCGUCUAAGGCAGCUGUGUUCCUUAUGGCACACAGAACCCUUUUUCAUAUUUGCCCAUCUCAUCGCCUUAGUUCUGUUACUGUCCCAUGUUGAGCUGUGGGUGGCUCGACAGUUUUGGUUCCCUGUGACAUUUGCCUUUGAACAAGGCGGAAACUGCUCUCAGGCUUUCCACUGUCUUAUCUCUACUCUUGAUACCGAUCCGAUAACUGACCAAUGAUCAUUUAAAGGUGGUGAGGUCGCAUAGUGCAUCAUAUUAGUAUAGCUGCCAUUUGCAGUGUUGUAUAUUACGUUUGUACCUUACCUCUUCUCCGUCGGCUAAAUGUCUGCAAUCGCCGAAGAAAAAAAUGUCUUUGUCUAGUGCUUCUCUCACGUCACUUAAAACCUUGAUAAACAGAAAAGUGACAUUAAAAAUGCAUUGAAUUGAACGCACAUUAAGUUAAGCAUCAUAGACAAAGAAAGCAACUUUCUUUCCCCAAGCUUUUGGCAUUAUUUUGACUCAUUUUGACUCAAAGGGCUCUGUGGUUUGAUGCAUUCUUAAGUGAGGUAUCAGUAAUGAUGCAAAAAUUUACUUAAGGCAAUAGAUUUUUAGUCAAACAUACAAUUUAAGUUUAAUCUUUUCAAGGCUGAAGACGUUUUUGUGAAGUGGGUGGAUGAAUUUUCCUAAACUUCUUCUCAGCUCUGCACAAGCUCGUUCUACACUCUCUUAGCCAAAAUUGUUCACAAAAUAGAAAAAAAACCAUUGGAAGCUGCAGACAGAAAUGAUAAGUCAAGUGGCUCCUUGAAAAGCAGGUUUUUUAGACUAAGAAUAACUUUUGUCUUCCGUUGGGUGCAUUUUUUUUUUGUACUUUCUUCUUUGUUUGCUUGACAAUGCAUUAUUGCUGGUUUCGUGCAAAUACACAAUUUAAACCAGUAUAGGAUUCUGUUUCUCAGCUUGGUUUCUGAAAAUAAGAGCUUGAAGGGGCUCUCAGUUAUUAUAUAAGUAGUCGGCAUAAUCACCAUUUGGAAUCAACUUGUAAAGACGGGCAUUCAAUCAUAUUCUAAUAAUAGUCUGCCCUCAUACUUAAAUCAAUUUUCUGGUGAUUUUUUUUUUUUUCAUGUAAUGAUAAAAUUGCACCAAAGUUCUUGGACAGUCUUCCCUUUUUCCCUACUGUAUUUUAGCUUUUAGUAUUCUUGAUUGCCAUCCUUGUGUUUUCUUUUUCUUGCUUGUCAGCCCUUUUGACCACUGGUGUUUAAGCAGACUGAAGAUUAAUUGCUUCUAAAACAAAAUUUACACUGGAGAAAAUUUGAAUUUGCUUUGUUUUGCAUGAGACAUUAUUGCUACAUCCCCACUCGGUUAUUUUUGAUAACUAUUGUGCUACUGUGUAUGAACAUCAUACUGUAUCAAAAGUAUAAUACCUUUGUGGGUUCCUGAAAGGCUUAAGCCUGGUUUCAUAAGACCAUUAUCAUGCUUGUCCGUUAAGAGAUGCAAUUAUUUUCCCCAUUCAGCAAUCACCUAUUUAUUUGUAUACAUAGCAGAAAAGAUGUUUGUUCAGUUACAGAGAUAAAAUCUUGUGUGAUGCUCUAUGAAAGUCAUGAAAAAUAUGCAAGCGAUGAGAUCGCACAUUCUAUAAGUCUGAUAAGGUACCCUUAAAUUACAAUAAAACCACUGCAGCUUUCUUUUCAAAUCAUUUUUUUUUAAAUUGCGAAGUACUGCUGGAAACUUAGCUUUAAAAGGGUUGAGCUAGCAUUGUUCAUUCUUCCAGUUGUCAGGCACUCAUGCCUCUGCCCACUUUCAUGAUUGCUGCCUGGUUGCCCCCCCCCUCCCUUUUCUUCACCCCUUAGCAUUUCAAAUUUUCUGUAAUAAAAUAGUUAAUGAAGUGUAAGGAGCAUUUAAAAGAGCAUUUAACAUAAAUUUCAAAUCAAGACAUCUUCCUCUUGUUACGCAUUCAAUUAUUCCUGUUAGCUUUAUUUCUCCCAUGUCUUUGAGUUCUGACUUAUUCAUGACCUAAAACUUGAAACUGAGGAUUAGAAGCAUAACUAUUUCUUCCAACUUCCGGUUUUCUAAGUUGUGUUGAACAUCUAUUACAAGGUUUUAUAUGCUUCCCCUCUGUUUUCACUCUUCUCCUGUCUGAGCGUAAUUUUAGGUGUUAACACUGAACAUGUACAGUUCAUGAGAAGGUUUAAAUAUCGGCAUAGCUCUUAUUUGGCCAGUCUUCAUUCCUUGUUCUUUCCAAUUUUCAUGACCACAUUUCACUUGUCUUUCAGCUAGUUAAGUAAGUUUGGUCAAACCAUUGUUUGUCAUGUACAUACAGUGUAUUCUCCCCUUCACUUAAUUGUAAUUUUAUUACGGUUUAAUGCAGUGGCCAUUUCUUUAAACGGUUUCAUUACUUUUAAGUCUAUCUGGUUGCAUGAGGCCAAGGCUCUGACAGAGUUCUAAAUGCCCCUUGGUAGUUUCUGCCUAAUCUAAGCAAUUGACCGCAUGAUAAAUACUCAUUGAAUUCUGCCUGGCUUGCAAACCCAUGUACGUGUAUAAAUGGGUGUGUAUAGUUGACCCCCGCAGAGCAUGGUACUUGUCCAAUAUAAUGGACAAUAAUACUUAAUUUAGGCCUACAUGCUCGAUUAGUCUUUAGUCUGUGUAUGAUGCAAUUAGUGCAACUACCAUCUUUGUGUUUCUACCACCAUAUUUAACUUUCGAAUGUCAUUAGGUUUGCUACAGUUUGAAAAUUUGGAUCAAUGUGCUUGUUCUGUCACUCACUGUCCCCUUCUCUUUAUAAUAGCAUGUUUCUAUAGUUAUUUCGACCGCCACUGCAGCGCUUGUUGAUCAAAUGUGUUUGAAAAAAUUGUAUUGCAAUUCCUAACUUCGGGUCAAAGAAAUGUUUUUUGGGAGAACACUUAAAUUAAUACUGUUCUGCUUCACAAUUCUUACUGAUGUACAUAACUUACUCUAUUUUUGUUCUUUGAAUCUCAGUGUAAAUAUUUUUGUGCUAUUUUCUUCUUUUUUUUUUUAAGAAAAUAAAAAGCCAAAAGCCUUGGACUUUUUUUAAGGUAAUAUAUUUCGAACUUGUAGCCUCUUUGAUCAACAGCAUAUUGUCAGAGAAAGCUGAGAUAACAUUUUAUCCUUUUGAAUGCCUGUAGUUCAUUACUGAGACGUGAAAUCAUGUUACAGUGCAUUUUUUCCUGGGAGAGAAAACCCACAAUUUUAUCAUCAAAGUGUAGUCUUCGGAAAGUUCCGUAUUUUGCCUUUGUCUAACAAAGUUUAUUAAGCUCUUAUCAUGACAGUAGAUCUGGAUGUAUGCAUUACAAUUAUGUAUAGAGUGAGAAGGAGUAUGUAAUUCUUUGCACAAUUGGUGUGCUUUCUCUGUCUGUCCAUCUAUUUCUUCAUCUGUCUCUUUCUGUUCAUCUCUCCCCCAAACGCAAAGGAAUCAAAGGGCAUCUUUUUAAUGCAAUAUCGGCAUGUAUUUUGAGCAAAUACCAACGUACAUUUUUUUGUCAAAAUUGUUGAAAAAAUAUCAUAUUGUGAUUAUUCAUAUCCUUAGCACAACUCUCUCUUAAUUAUUUUUUAUAGAAUGAAAAGGGGCUUAUGCAUAUCAUGGAUCUGAAUGUGUAGUGAAAUGCACUUGCUUCAAGAGCCAAGCUACAGUUAUUCAUGUUGCCUCAGAUAUUGGUUUUCUUUGACACAGUUAAUAGUUAUGUUUGAGCGCUUCUCGCCAACUGCUAUGACACAUCAGUAGACUAUGGUUGUUAUGCCAAACCAAUGAUAAAGUAUUUCUGGUAUGGUUAUUGCUGUUGCCUGGAUGUCUUGAGAACAGAAACAUCCCAAGGGGCAGAGGUGAUUUCACAGUUUCCAUUUUCCCCUCGUUUGUUUCUAGCUGUUCAUUUCAUUAUUUUAGCAGUAAGCCUAAUUUAGUCAAGUUGAGGUGGUCAACCAAAUCUCUUGCGAGUGUAAUAAGUCCAGGAUAAAUUUGCGGGCAAAGCAGUGAGCUCUUCCUGAUCAAGCCUUAUCUGAUUUUCAUCUUUGAACUCUGAUAAGAUUUGACAUGUAAUAGUUUGGGAAAAGAGACAUUAGAAUUGCAAUGUCAAAUAAUGGACUCCUCAUGUUAAAGCUCUCCAAAAAAAUUAAAAAAAAAGGAGAUUAAGAAGAAAGCGAAUACCAUUGCUUUUUCUGCACUUUUCUAUUUUUCUACUUGUAAGCUGCACAACUUGUGAUAACCAUUUAGACCUUUAUCUGCAGUACCCACUUUAUUCCAUGUGUUUUGAUGUUAAUAUCUAUGUUAAUGGUUACAAAAUAUUCCAAUGUUUUGUAUCUGUUGAGAAAAAUACAAUUUUAAUACAUUACAAAUAUUGUUUGUUUGAUCAAUCUAUGUUUACAUGUUAUACCUAACUAUACAUGUACAUAUUAUGCUAAAUCUUUUAGACAAUUAUUUCUUCUUCAGAAUUGUUUUCUUAGUUCAUUUGGUGUUCCCAUCCCAUUUUACUAAUUUGCUGUGGACGUUCUCAAAACUGGUGUGUGUUGCAAAUAGUACCCAGAUCUAUUCAGUGUCACAUCUCAUAUCCUCUUAUACACAUUAAUCGUUGUGUUAUGCAGAUACUAUUUGGAUGUAAUUUUUCAAACCUGAAAUUCAAGAUAAAAUCCAAUAAAAUCUGAAUGACUAA